AUGGUGUGCGGUGGUUGCAAGUCUUUCUGGUGUGGUAGUCGCCUCGCUGGUCAGUUGACGGGGGUCGGAGGGCUGCUGAAAGCCAAAUGCCCCCUGACUCUGGAGAUGGAUGAGGUGGCCCCAAGGAAUCAUUACAAGCUGGGAGAGCUUUCCAUUGGUGGCAUCAUCUCUGAAAGUCAGGGUUUUUUCCGAAUAAUAAGUUUUGAAAAAUAUCCUUUGACUCAGUUAUCAGGGGUAAUGCAAUCAAAAUACUGGAAGAUGCUAUCCUUCCUUUUUGCUAUCCAGGAGAUCAACCAGGAUUCCAGUCUCUUACCCAACAUCACCCUGGGCUACAAUAUUUAUGAAAAUUAUUUCCAUCCAGAAAAGACUUCUGAUGCUUUGCUGGACCUGCUUUCAGACGGGGAGGCCAAUGUCCCCAACUACAGUUGUGGGAGGCAGAGAAACACAGUGGCUGUUCUUGAAGGGGCUGAGACUGGCUUCUCCAUCCAGAUAUCAUCUAUGUUGGGCACCUACAAAAUGCCACAGCUUCAUCCCUUCCUUGGAAACUCUGAGUUUUAUAAUAAAUCCAUAGCUGGAGUGUCUCUCGGUGAGAAUGGAGUUCUGGCAGUGGACCUGGACAUUGUCAACUGGCUGCUUCACAAAAGCACAGUUCACAGAAUAAUAAUUGGAAGCCUAGAAAAACAAGGAUCCCUGGAUUUCAAGUUUAUGUUGUAUCCAAAGGAUGUGGCAGAGAUGGAUAAGAUGAACCAGACUCUCCCUCCUUCCAGGUGUGUGGAAAACUGUCGUCCUGGAUUCAUGAAGGUGGAACUGGAAGGGAAGCUCAUCUGCUGCUAUGAUUGUCUUCCUUGUGCAGAAGGAAGCAUCUCCACAAUGGCAGACGUAGAAAAAUGCAACAAAUGUCCAGGAGAUCAACAUCCAAACAAUAACCGAAAUCGCUGUAUCCCCAAGAUUAAGACUUUCCUGUCCUAUCAAGAAAAAUUGGGCAUUGCCUUGACUUCCAUUGCCUUGUUCCUCUCUUUGAUCACAUGCUUUAUCUUGGGAAUCUUCAUUAAAUUCCAAGAAACUCCCAUAGUCAAAGCCAACAAUCGGGACCUCUCUUAUAUCCUUCUGGUUUGUCUCCUGCUUUCCUUCUUCACCCCCUUCUUGUUCAUUGGUCAGCCAAGGAGAGUCACCUGCCUUCUACGACAAACGGCCUUCAGCAUCAUCUUCUCUGCUGCCAUUUCUUCUGUCUUGGCCAAAACCAUCACAGUGGUGCUGGCCUUCUGGGCCACAAAACCAGGGAAUAAUGUUCAGAGAUGGCUGGGAAAAAGUUUGGCCAACUCCAUUAUCCUCUCUUGCAGUGGGUUCCAAGCUGUUCUCUGCAGCAUCUGGUUAGCUGUUUUCCCUCCAUUCUCUGAGUCUGACAUGCAUUCUCAAUCUGCAGAAAUUAUUCUACAGUGCAAUGAAGGCUCUGUUGCCAUGUUUUAUGGGGCCCUUGGCUACAUGGGCUUCCAGGCUGCCAUCUGCUUCACAGUGGCUUUCCUGGCCAGGAAUCUGCCUGGGUCUUUCAAUGAAGCCAAGCUUAUUACGUUCAGCAUGCUGAUCUUCUGCAGUGUCUGGGUGUCCUUUGUGCCCACCUACCUGAGCACCAAAGGGAAGUACAUGGUGGCUGUGCAGGUCUUCUCCAUCUUGGCCUCCAAUGCAGGACUUCUGGGUUGUAUCUUUGUCCCCAAAUGUUUCAUUAUUUUCCUAAGACCAGAUUUAAAUACAAAAGAAUAUGUGAUGUCAAGAUAA